AUGUCUGCCCCCAACCAAAUCCUUGUUGCUGAAACGCAGUUUGAACAGCUCGAACGGGACCAAGCUGAUCCGUGGGAUAUUCCCACUCAAUUCCGGAUGGGCCAGCUCAAUGACGCCAUGCCAGGUGACCCUGCCCCCCCUCUGGCCCUCGGAAGCGCUCCAAGCCCAGCCAGCCAUCCUGCGCCGCCGCAGGCCAACGUUGGAGCUCGAACCGUAGCCGGCCGCCAACACCUCGGGCCCGCCCAGGAUGUGAUCUGUGCGCCGGUCACCAAUCCCCCCGAGGCGAGUCCCUCAUCUGAGGCUUCAGUUCCCCUCAGACGACCCCGGGCUCGUACUUCAUCGCCAUUUACCCGGAUGUUUCGUUUGAUGAGUCAGGCCCGACAAGACGCAGAGGCACCCAACCAUGCGGACGUAGGAGGACUUGAAACCGGUUCCUCCACAGCCUCAUCUAUUGCCGCUUUGAUCGAGCACAUCCGUGGAGGGAACCAUCCCGCUCAAGCCCCGUCAUCCCCUGAAAUCGUAGUCAUGGGGAAUGCACGUUGCACGCUCGCCGGACCCCGGAGAACUAUCACGCCUAUCAACUUGGCCCGCUUGGGUUGCCUGAACCUCGGUGCAGACUCCACCCCAGGUACCCCUGAUUCGACGAAUUCUUGGAUAAGCAGUUCAGCCCCCCCCCGCGAGGCCGCAGCGAACGCUAUGGCUUUCUUCUUACGGCACUGUCAGAUCCCGGCCGAGGAUUUCCACACCCGGUGGUUAAUCCAGGAUCAAAACAUCACUUUGUGGUCCUACUUUUUACGCAGUUUGGAGGCCAACUUGACCCGACUUGGUUUCAAAGCCGGCCCCGCCCGACUCAUCUGCAAUGGUGCCCGGCUCCUUCAGCAAGUUAGCGAGGAAGAAGAUCGGGCUGAUCCAGAUUGCAGCGGUGCCGCAAGCAACCCACCCGCGGACAACUCUGACAAGGCACCGGGGUCCAACAUGGUUGAUGCUGAUGCCCCAUAG